AUGUUCGGCGUAUUUAGAGGAACACUUGCGCGCUGCGGAGGAUAUCUCUGGAAGAAGGCUCCACGGUUGUCGCCGCCUCAAAAGCAAAGGUUGAGAAACAGAAUGAAGCUCGUCGACAGAAACAUCGAAAUACUCUACCAAUCGUUAAAGCCAGCCAACGCCAAAUCCACUGGGUUCAAAAAAAUCGACUACUUGAAGUUCGAGUUGCCCAAAGAGGCGCAGAUGUCGCCAAGGGAUAAGUACACAACAUUCGACAAGAAGUCCAAGGGCUACAGAAAGUCUGUUCAUUUGAUUCCAAAGUGGACCAAGAAGUCGUUCCGCGAGAACCCAAAGUACUUCUGA